AUGAUCUACAAGGCACUCAAGAAACCAAAAGAGGAUCAAGCAUUAGACAUCCUCAAAAGAGUUGCAUCACAGGUAGAACCGAUCUUGACCAAGCGAGCCUGGAAAGUCACACAUCUUCAAGAGUUCUUUCCCUCGAAUCCAAACCUGCUUGGGACAAACGUUAACAGAGGCCAUACAAUCAAUCUACGACUACGUCUCCAUUAUGAUGAUAAACUCUUCCUUGACUAUGAAGACAUAUUGGGAACUAUGUUACACGAACUUGUACAUAUUGUUAGGGCUCCACACGAUGCUACGUUUUACAAAAUGUUAGAGGAAUUGAAUCAGGAGCUAGAUGAGCUUAUUCGGACGGGAUACACCGGACAAGGGUUCUAUUCCAUGGGCAACCGCGUAGGAACUGGACAAAACCCUUUGUCCCACCAAGUUAAAUAUCGGGCAGCAACUGCAGCGGAGAAAAGAAGGCGUCUUCAAGGUAUAAUGCUGCCAGUCGGAGGUAUCUGUCUUGGAGGCAUUCAACAUCAGGAUGUGUCACCAUCUAUAAUGGCAGCCAGAGCCGCAGAGAAGCGUAAACAAGAUCAAGUCGAAUCAACAAAAAGAAAACGCGACCAAAACCACCCAGUAAAGAAGAAAAUAAUGAUAGAUUUGACAGUUGAAUGGAGCUGUCCUACAUGUACGUUUCAAAAUUACGAAAAGGUUUUUGCUUGUGAAAUGUGUCUCUCGAUCAGACCUCCAGAUGAUGUUGUACCAGAUGAAAGUAGCACAAGUAUUGGUUAA